AUGCCGCCUAAAAGACUUUGUCAUUUUAACGAAAAGUUGCAAAAUGAUUUCCCAUUUAUUAAAAAACUUAAAUCUACUGACUAUUUCAAUUUACAGUGUACAUCUUGCCAUGGAACUUUUUCAGUAAGUCAUGGUGGACGAUCGGACAUAAACGAUCACCUCAAAACGCAAAAACAUAAGUUAGCUACAAUAUCAUCGGUCCAAUCUGGUAAAGUUUCCAACUAUUUUUCUGCUUUGGUUCCUACUGAAAAUAACUUUUUGUUAGCCGCCCGUGAAGCUACUUUUGUGUAUUAUACAGUAAUUCAUAAUCACAGUUUUCGUUCUAUGUCUUGUACAUCGGAAUUGAUUCGUCAAUGUUUAAACGACAAAAAAUUCACGUGUGCAAAAACAAAAACCAGGGAAAUAGUUGUCAAUGUUAUUUGCCCGUACAUAGUUGAUAAUACUUUAAAAGAACUAUCUUUUGCGAAUUAUGUAUCUGUUUUAGUUGACGGUUCCAACCACAAAGCAAUUAAACUAGUACCUGUUGUAGUUCGUUAUUUUUUGCCUCAUGUUGGCGUAAAAAACAAAAUACUAGAGUUCUCAAAUUUACCCGGUGAAACGUCUGAUUUAAUUACUUCUAAAAUUAUUGACGUUCUUACUAAAUUCGAAUUAAAUCAAAAAAUUGUUGCACUAUCGGCUGAUAAUACAAACACUAAUUUUGGUGGAUUAAAUAGAAAAGGAAAAGAUAACGNAAAUUAA